AUGGCGGGUGCGGCUGGCACCUUGUCACGAAUGAAAACCGGGGUCCAAUCGAUUGUCCAUCUUGUAGGGAUGAAGAAUUGCACGGCGGAUCAGUUCACGUGUCACUCGGGGAAUGGCGAAUGCGUGGCACUCGCGUGGAUGUGCGACGGCCAUCGAGACUGUUCCGACGGUUCCGACGAGGCUGAGUGCAACGACACCUGUCGAUCCGACGAGUUCACGUGCGCAAACAAGCACUGCAUCCAGAAAUCGUGGGUAUGCGACAGCGACGAUGACUGCGGCGACGGAAGCGACGAGAAAGAUUGCAAACCGGUCACCUGUGGCCCGUCAGAGUUCGCCUGUUCAAAGAAUUAUUGCAUAACGUCACGAUGGAGAUGCGACGGUGACUUCGAUUGUCCGGACAGAGCCGAUGAAAUUGGAUGCACGUAUUUGAACGGCGAACGACCAAGCCAUUGCAACAAGGACGAGGACUUCGACUGCGACGACGAUUUCACCUGCAUACACAAGAGUUGGGUGUGCGACGGUGAGAAGGAUUGCCCGAACGGGGCCGACGAGUUGCCAAAACAGUGUCAUAACGUAACGUGCAGGCCGGAUCAGUUCCAAUGCGAGGAUCGUCGUAAUUGUAUAUCAGGGCAUUUAUACUGCAACGGUAAACCAGAAUGCGCGGACUGCAGCGACGAGAAGAAUUGUACGAGCAAAACCACCGUUUGCGAUCCGUCGACACAGUUCGAAUGUAGCGAGGGCUCGUGUAUCCCUCUUUCCAGCGUGUGCAACAAAAACCGUGAUUGCAUCGGCUGGGAGGACGAAAACGAAGAUCUUUGUGGCGUGAACGAGUGUUUGAAGAACAACGGCGGAUGUUCGCAAAUUUGCAUCGAUCUGCCAAUCGGCUUCCGGUGUGAUUGCAGCGCAGGAUACAGGCUGAUUGACAAUAGAACCUGCGACGAUAUAGACGAAUGCUUGGAGCCAGGCAGCUGUUCCCAGUUCUGUUUGAACGAGAAGGGCGGUUUCAAGUGCAGCUGCGCCCCGGGUUACCUUAAAGAUCCCAGGAACCAUACUCGCUGCAAGGCGGCAGAAGGUCACGCCAGCCUGCUUUUUACCAGGAGGCACGAUAUAAGAAAAGUGGCGCUGGAUCGUUUAGAGAUGACGAACAUAGUGAAAGAUACGAAAAUGGCCGCGGCCUUGGAUUUCGUUUUUCGCACGGGCAUGAUCUUCUGGAGUGACAGCAGCGAAAAGAAGAUCUAUAAAGCGCCAAUAGACGAAGGCAACGAGCGUACAGUUGUGAUUGACGAUGGUUUAACAACGUCGGAUGGACUUGCCGUUGACUGGAUAUAUAGUCAUAUUUAUUGGACUGAUUCCAAGAAGAGUACCAUAGAAUUGGCCAAUUUCGAGGGUAACAUGAGGAAAACAUUGAUUCGAGACCGGGUGCAAGAACCUAGAGCGAUAGCUUUGAACCCACUGGAGGGUUGGAUGUUUUGGACCGAUUGGAGCGACGAAGCCCGCAUAGAAAAAGCGGGCAUGGACGGAUCUCAUCGAACGGUAAUAGUCGAUCAUGAUGUACAGUGGCCAAAUGGACUGACUCUGGACCUGAUCGGCAAGAAAAUAUACUGGGUAGAUGCGAAGCUGAAUAUAAUUGGAUCGUGUAACUACGAUGGUUCAGGUAUACGAACGGUUCUGUAUUCUCCGGAAGUAUUGAGGCAUCCCUUCAGUAUUACGACAUUUGAGGACUACGUGUAUUGGACCGACUGGGAUAAGGAAGCGAUAUUUAAAGCGAAUAAAUUCACUGGCAAAUCUGUUGAAGCUGUAACGUCGCUUCGAACUCUGAAGUAUCCAAUGGUCGUUCACGUAUAUCAUCCGUACAGACAGCCAGACGGAAUGAAUCAGUGUCAGGCUGUGAAUGGCCAUUGCAGUCACUUGUGUUUACCAGCACCAAGAAUUAAUUCGAAAUCACCUCUUCUCAGUUGUGCUUGUCCAGAUGGCCUAAGAUUGUUACCUGAUGGUUUAAUGUGUGUGGAGAAAGAUCCAACACAUUCAGCAGAUGGAGAUGGAAAAGAUGAUCUGACAUCUGAAUCCACAGAUCCUGGUUUAGUCGCUGGUAUAGUGAUAGGCGUGGCGUCCUUAGGGCUGUUACUCCUUGCAUUAGUAGCAGUAUUAUGCUAUAGGCAUUAUCUUCAUCGUAAUGUAACGAGUAUGAACUUCGAUAAUCCCGUGUAUAGGAAAACCACAGAAGAUCAAUUUAGUCUUGAAAAGAAUAGGUUUCCACUGCCUACUGCUACAGUUGGAGAAGAGGCUCAGGAACCUUUAACGAGUCCUGGAACUAAUGAUUACGUUUAAGAAUGAGUCUGUCAAUGAAACGGGCUUAGCAGGCUAUUGAAAUAUAAUGUCGACCAAGUAACACAAAAAUCAUGUAUAAAAAAAAAAAAAAAGAGCGAUGAAGCGCAUGUCGAGCGAGCCUGUCCAAUAAUACGCCUGCAUUUGCCCACCUGCCUGCCAACUCAACUGUGAUUAUGUUUAUUUUUUUGUACUGUUUCUAUUUCUUUACAAAUUUGUGCAUCUUGUCAUUCAACUACUAUUACAUGUAUGUGCAACAUUUAGAUUUGCUCCGAGGCAUAAAGGGAGAAAUAUUUGGGUGAACUAUAAUCAUUGCCAAAUAAGCGUUUAAGCGUCAGUUUUCGGGUAGUUUGAUAAGAUACAAUAAAAAUCCUAUUUUAUAAUGGUUUCCCUUUAUUUUACACGCGGUAAUCUGUAACAUAGUGCUAUUUAUCAAUCUAUGUGGGGUCUUGAUGCAACUAUGUUUAAAUUUAUAUAAAUAUAUAUAUAGAGAGAGAAUAUUUUUAUCUACAUGUAAGAUUUUUAACUUGUUAUUGUUUCACUAUUUAUUCUUUAAGGAUAUAUUUUGUCGCGUAUAACUUUUAGUUAGAUAUAUUGGUGCAUUACUAGAAUCUCAUGUAUAUAACGAAUAUGCGAAGUACAUAAUAAUAAUAAUUUUAUGAAUCAUUAGUAACGAUAUUGAAUUGCCAGAAACCUUAUACGAUCAGUUGCAAAUCUAUUACAUUAUUUAUAAUACCGGUUUUUUUUAAUAUAUAUAUCGUACAAUAUUUUAUAGUGCCAAAAGAAAGUGUUUCAAAAGUUAUCGUGUUCACUAAUAUUUAUAGUAAUCACAAACAUUUUCCUAAACAAUCGAAAAUUCUUCUUUGAUAUAUUAUAAAUUUAGGAUAGCAAUACUUGUAAUCCCAGUAAUAGCUCAAACGAUGGCGUUUAAAUAUAUAAAUGUGUAAAUUGUUCUUUUGUACGUGAACACACAUUUCUCCUUUUAUGUCAUUUAUGCGAUAUAAAAGCAAUAUUUCCAGCUGCCUGUGUUUGUAAGUAGCUGAUAUCAUAAUAAAACAGCUGCCUGUGUUCGUAAGUAGCUCAUAUCAUAGUAAAACACUUUUCACCUUUACGUUAUGAUUAUAAUGAAAUAGAUUGAAAACCAAUUAGAUGUAAUACGAUCAGCUCAAUGACACUAAGUGUGACUGUGUGUCUGUUAAAAGUAAAACUGUUGUUUAGGUAUUUCAACCAACUAAAAAAGAUCAGUGUAUAUGUAUAGAACUAUUGCCUCGGGUUUAAGAAUUUUACUUAUUACAUAUACUUUAUGAUUAUUGUAUUAAAUAAUUAAAUGUGAGACAGACGUUCUUCUAGGUAAGAUUAUUAAGAAAUAUAAUAAUAUUAGAGCGAACUAACAGUUGUGUAUAUUAAGAAGUAGCAAUAUCUUUGUUACAUAUUAAAAUUUUUUAUUUUUAAAUGAUAAAUACAAUAAAUAUUUUCAUCUAACAAUGUUACUGUAAUUCUCAAGACAAUGUUACUGCAAUUCAAAGACAUUCUCUUCAAAUUAUCUUUGUACAUGUAGAAAUAUUCUGUUGCAAAUUAUACGUUUUUCAACAGAUUUUAUAUUAAUAAUUUAUCGAAUGAAAUAGAAAUUUGCUACUUUUUAAUAGAGCACAUAUUCUUAUCUACGAGUGAAAGAAAGCAAAGUCCAAAAUUAAAAUAUAGAGGCUCGACGGUGAUUUUAAUCAAAAGAUAGCAAGAGUGUGGUGAGUAUCAGUUGCAAUUAAUUGUGUGAGUCACAAGGCAUAAUUUAGCCAAUAUAUUCGCCAAAAUCGUGUCAAACAUUAUUUCUAUGCAAUAUAUAUUAUCACUACACACGCAUAAUAUAAAUAUAUAUUAUAUAUAUAAUUUAUUAUAAUGAUUAUUGUAUAAAUAAAUAUAUAAAAUAAAUUACA